UCCGCGGCAGCGCAAAAUACCGGCUUUUUACGAGUUAUUCUUAAAUUUCGCCACUUUUAGCAACAUUUUGCUUGAAAAUGCACACUAAACUGUACCAAAAAUGUUGCCGCCUCUGCCUGGACGACACCAAAGAACAGAUAGAAGUCUGCUCCGACGACCGCUUGGCCGAAACCCUGCAGCAGUUGUACAAUGUGAAGGUUGAAAAGACUGAUCAGUGCACCAAAAAGAUCUGCGUCGAAUGCUUCAAGGAGGCAAAUGAAAUGCAAAAAUGGCUUAAAUUCUACGAGGAACAAAAGAAGCUGAUUGCCGAAAAUCAGCAAAUUUUCAACGACGAGCUGAUCAAUCAACUUGGACCGGCAACGUUGGCUUCGCCGGAACCUUCAUCCAAGUCGGUUAGAUCGAAAAGAUCUACUGCUCGGAAAUCUUUCGCCAGAACAGAUGACGAAGAGGAGGAACGCGGAGAGAAAGAUGAAGAUUUUAUCCCCAAGAAGAGUCCGCGAAUCAAGAAGGAAUCUGUUAAGACCAGGAGGAGUAUCAAAAGCGAAUGGCUACCUCACUCGGACGGUAGCGGUCAAGAAUCAUCGACACCGACGGAGCAUGCUUCGGACGAUGAUGAGGAGGAAGAGGAUGCCUCGGAAACGGCAACUAGUACAACCGAUGACGACCUCAAGUGUCCUAAGUGUGAGAAGGUGUUCCGAGAGAUUGAUCAACUAGAGCGUCAUAGCUGCGAGUUUAUUUGUAGUGUUUGCAGUGCGACGCUUAAGUACCGGCACAGCUUGAAGCGCCAUCUAAUGGCGGUACAUAAGAUAAAGGCCAGUCAGUGGGAAGAUUAUUGGAGUCCAGUGGGAGAUAACCCGGAAGAGUUGCUCGUCGUGACUUCGAAGCCCAAGAAAAGAUACCGUUAUGAGAGCGAUUCGCCCACCGACAUCGAAGAAGAUUCAAAUAGCGAUGGUCAACAGCCAAAGGAUCUGGUUUGCAGCCGGUGUGGUGACAAAUUUGAUUCUUCCCAAGAUUUGAAAACACAUGACUGUGACUAUUUGUGCAACAUUUGCGGGGUGUCGUUUGCUUCUAGGACCAAUGUGAAACGGCACAAGAUCCGAGUGCAUAAGAUAGAUCCGAGUGAUCCGUCGUUAGUAUUGUCACGUUCGCGUGCAGCUUCAAGGGCUGGAUCUCGUCCUCCAUCACGACCUCCAUCCAGGGCUGCUUCCGAGCAUCCAUCAGAUGAUGAACCGCUGUCGGCCCUGGCCUUUAAAAACAUAGAUCCGCAAAACACCGACGACUUCAGACAAAGAUUCUUUUGUCCAGAUUGUGACUAUUCCAACUAUAAACGGAACAGAAUUACUCACCAUCUUUUAACCUUUCAUCGAACACCAAAGGAGCAAAUUGACGUAGAGGCAAUCCCUAAGAAAUAUGUUCCGAAAACUGCCGUUUUCCGCAGCCGAUCGAAAACUCCCACCAUGAUCGAACCGUUUGCUUAUCGUUCGAAAACUCCCACCAGUAUCCAGCCAACUGCGUAUCGUUCGAAAACUCCCACCAGUAUCCAGCCAACUGCGUAUCGUUCGAAAACUCCGGAUCCGUCGAGAAUUUAUUGUCCACCAAUCACUCAACCUGCUGUCGCCAUCUAUCAACCAGCUGCAAAUGCCGAACAUCUGCCAGUUGCUCAGCCUUUCGCCAGCCAACAUCGAAGCCGUUCGAGAUCCAUCCAUCAGGAUUCGCGGAACAGUAGCAAACGUAAACGCUCUCUAUCCUCGAGUUCAAGCAAAUCAGCCCGUCUCGUUAGAGCCCGAUCCAACCCGCCUGUAGAAAGGAACAUCCUCGUUGCCAAGCGCCGUCUGUCCCCGUCACGUGCCCUGGCCCAGGUUCCGGAAAAACUUCGCCCUACCGUCACCGGAAUCGAAUCGAAUCGCCUUUUUGUAUCCAUCCGCCAAAGUUGCGAGGACUUCCCUCUUAGUCAACAGAUUCGAAUCCGCGCAACUUCGUACGUGUCUCAGGAACCUUGCCCUACGAAGCGCUUGUUCAAACUUAAACCUCCGAUAGGAGCUGAGCGGCAGCAGGCUCAGAACCUCCGUGGAGUAUUCCGCAAUUUGUCCCACCAGAUCAGUUCCCAGUCGAAGGUCAACUCAAUCGACAUUGAUUCGCUCGUGCUGGACCUUAUUCAUCAAACCAACCAAGAAACGCAGGAGCCACUGAUUAACACCGAGAUGGAAUCGCAGCAGCAGGAGGAGCAUGAUGCGGAAAUAGCAACGUUCGAAAUUCGAGAAGUUGACUCGGAUGAAGCAUCUCAAGAGGUUGUUGCCGGGCACGAAAUGAAUGUGCUGGAAGAGGAACCUUCGAAUAAUGCUGGGCUGGAAGCAGAAGUCGCUGGUAGUAUGGAAAAUGGAGAAACACAGGCACCAAUCGAGGUGGAUGAGAUCGAUGAAGAUGCGUUAGUUAUUGUGGAGUUUCCAGAGGAGAUCAAACCUUCCGAACUUGCCGAUUCCGAGCCGGAGGGGCAUGAGGAGGAUGUUUCUAUUAUUCCAGAUUGAUGAGUUCCAUUCCUAGUGAGCAUUUUAACUAAUGAUAGUUGUAGAUUGAUCUAUGGUUAUUAUUGAUGUAUGAUUUAUUAAGCCGAGCAAAUU